UUGAGGCAGAACUUCAUCAUUACACAGCAUUUUUGAAAUCAGUCUAGUAUAAAGAUAAUUAAAUAAAGUUACACUUUAAAUUGAUUAAAUAUAAUGGCAGGAGCAACUAAAUUUGAAAGAACACAAUCAAUAAAGUCCACGGUUCGUGAAGAAGAUCGUGAGAAAGUGCUGAAUAAAAUUUUGAAAGACCUCGAAAUGAACGAGAAUGACGAGGAACAAAUUCGCAUAAAAGAAGCUGGAAUAUUAGAACUGGGACACUUUUAUAAGUCACAAGGAAAGGCUAAGGAACUUGCUGAUCUGAUUUCUAAAUCACGUCCCUUCCUAAAUCUCAUUUCAAAGGCAAAAGCAGCAAAAUUAGUACGGAGUUUAGUCGAUUUAUUCUUGGAUCUAGAAGCAGGAACUGGAAUUGAAGUUCAAUUAUGUAAAGAGUGCAUAGAAUGGUCGAAGCAAGAGAAGAGGACAUUUUUGCGCCAAUCGUUAGAAGCGAGAUUAAUUGCUCUUUAUUUCGAUACAAAAAUGUACUCAGAUGCUCUAACUUUAGGCUCUCAACUCUUGCGAGAAUUGAAGAAAAUGGAUGAUAAAAAUCUAUUGGUAGAAGUUCAAUUAUUGGAAAGUAAAACUUACCAUGCAUUAAGCAAUUUGUCCAAGGCUCGUGCCGCACUCACAUCAGCUCGUACCACAGCAAAUUCAAUUUAUUGUCCACCCAAAGUUCAAGCUUCACUUGAUUUGCAAUCUGGAAUACUACAUGCUGCAGAUGAACGAGAUUUCAAAACAGCUUUUUCAUAUUUUUAUGAAGCAUUCGAAGGAUACGAUAGCGUAGAAAAUAAUAAGGCACUUACUGCACUCAAAUAUAUGUUAUUAUGCAAAAUUAUGCUGGGACAGAGUGAUGAUGUUAAUCAAAUUGUUAGUGGAAAAUUGGCAAUUUCUUAUUCUGGAAAAGACAUAGAUGCAAUGAAAGCAGUCGCACUUGCUUCACACAAGCGUUCAUUGGCUGAUUUUCAACAGGCUCUAAAGGAUUACAAAUCACAAUUAGAAGAUGACAUCAUUGUUCGUGCUCAUUUAGAUUCUUUGUACGAUACAAUGUUGGAACAAAACCUAUGUCGUAUUAUUGAGCCAUAUUCAAGAGUUCAAGUUUCGUUUAUUGCAAAUUCCAUCAAAUUAUCAAUUCAUCAAGUCGAGAAGAAGCUCUCUCAAAUGAUUUUGGAUAAAAAAUUCAGUGGUAUUUUAGAUCAAGGUGAUGGAGUUUUGAUAGUAUUUGAAGAAACACCGAUUGAUAAGACUUAUGAAACGGCUCUUGAAACAAUUCAUCAUAUGGGAAAAGUGGUAGAUACACUUUAUCAAAAGGCAAAGAAAUUAUCGUAAAUUCCUUAUAACAAUCUCUUUCUUUUGGUUCCAUCUUUAAAUUUCUCUCACUAAUGAUGUAAUGUUUCGAAAUUUCCUUUUAUAGUUAUUAGAUAUCAAAACUCGUGAAUUUUUUUUUUUUCUAUCGUAUAAUUUCUUUUGCAUCGAUCAUAUGUUUUGAUAAAUUUUUAAUUACUGUGCUACACGUGCGAGAGAUAAGAGGAGAGAUUUAUUUGAUAGCUGUUGAAAGUAAUUCAUAUUAAUAUUUUGUAUAAUACAAGAAUAAAGGAAAAAAAUACCCAUUAAUAAAGAAGAAAACAAAAUACAUAAUGA